AUGCUGCUGCUAGACUUUUUGGAAGAUGUGCAGUGGAUGACCAAGUGGAAGCUCUAUUAUCAAGUCCUAAAUUUUGGAAUAAUUGUCUCCUCAGCAUUAAUGGUCUGGAAGGGGUUAAUGGUAAUAAAUGGUAGUGAACGUCCUAUUGAGGUGCUCGGUGGUAGCAUGGAACGGUUUCAUAGAGGAGAUCUUCUCUUUCUAACAUAUCGAGUUGAAGAUUCCAUACAAGUGGGAGAAAUUGCUGUUUUUAGGACAGAAGGACAAGAGAUUCUUACAGUUCACCCAGGCUUGAUGAUUCACGAAAAGCAAAAUGGACAUAAUAAGUUUUUGACCAAAGGAGAUAAUAAUAUGGUUGACGACCGAGGCCUCUAUAUACAAGAACAUUGGCUAGAGAAAAAAGAUGUCAUGGGGAGAGCCAAGGGAUUUGUUUCUUAUGCUGAAAUUGUGAUGAGCCUCACAAAUGACUAUCCUAAAUGUAAGUAUAUAGUACUCUUUUCUCUGGUUUUAUUUGUACUGGUCUAUUAUCAGUAA